CUCACGUGCAGGAGCGUGCGCCAUAGAAGCAAAGAAGAAGAAGCUAUUAUAACCUCACGUGACCGCUCGUCACAUAACCCUUAAAGUGCGUUUAGAAUUAUGGACGCGAGUAAUCAGGAAGGAGACACGGUAAAGCACAAAAGUCACAGAGAGCGGAAUGCUGGCCGUAAGGCGGAAAAGAAGAACGCUAAAAAGAGAAGGCAAGAUGAAUUGCCGGAUAAGCAGAAGAAUCCGAAAGCAUUUACGUUCAACUCUGCGAUCAAAGCGGAAAGAAAGUUCAGACGCAAACAGGAUAUUGAAACCAAGAAGCAACACAUACCGCUGGUCGACAGAACACCGUUGGAGCCACCGCCAAUUUUGGUCGCUGUGGUAGGUCCUCCGAAAGUGGGAAAAUCGUUGGUAAUUCAAUGCCUGAUCAAAAGUUACGUCAAGCAGCCGUUGACCAACAUACUCGGUCCGGUUACCGUUGUUUCCGGGAAAAAACGAAGGAUUACCUUUAUUGAAUGCAACAACGACGUGAACAGCAUGAUCGACAUUGCGAAAGUUACGGAUUUGGUGUUGCUUCUGGUGGACGCUUCUUUCGGAUUCGAAAUGGAGAUCUUCGAGUUCCUAAAUAUAUGUCAGGUGCACGGCAUGCCCAGAAUUAUGGGGGUGCUCACUCAUCUAGAUCUGAUAAAGAACGCAAAACAAAUGAGAAAAAUUAAGAAGACGCUUAAGCAUCGCUUUUGGACGGAGGUGUAUGCUGGCGCAAAACUGUUUUAUCUCUCUGGAUUGCUGCACGAAGAGUACCUUCGUACGGAAAUAAAAAAUUUAGCACGAUUUAUUUCGAUCAUGAAGUUCAGACCAUUGACCUGGCGUACCACUCAUCCUUACAUACUUGCCGAUAGAAUAGAAGAUCUGACAUCUCCCGAAUUAAUUAGACAAAAUCCAAAGGUUGACAGAACAAUCAGUUUAUACGGAUACGUUAGAGGAAUUCCAUUGAACAAGGAAUCGUCUGUUCACAUACCUGGCUGUGGGGAUAUGAAACUCAAGGAUGUAAACUUUCUGCCGGAUCCGUGUCCACUUCCGGAGCAGAUAAAAAAGCGUGCCUUAGUAGAAAAAGAACGACUGAUUUACGCACCAUUUUCUGGCGUUGGUGGUAUAGUUUACGACAAGGAUGCCGUUUAUGUAGAACUAGGUGGCAGUCAUUCGUACAAACAGGAAGAUUCAGGACUGACUAGUGCGUUAAUGGAGACGCAAGAGACAUUAGAUCAGAAAUUGCAGCACAGCGAAUUGCAGCUGUUUAGCGACGCUGCGCCGAUAAAAUCGGAAGACGUAAACGAAAAUAUGGCAAACUAUACGAGUGAAUUGGUGACGGAGAAUGGGAGAAUUAGACGUAGAGUGAUAUUUAAUGAAGAAACAGAAUUUAAAAAUGUUCUGAACGAUGAUGAUGAUGAUAAUGAAACUGACGAAGAUGUAGAAUCUAACGAUGAGGAAGUUUCGGAAAACCUUAAUGACGUUAAAACAGAAUCUGAAAGUAUUCUGGACGCUAGUGAUGACGAAACUGACGAAGAUGAGGAAUCCGAUAGUGAAGUUACGGAAAAACUUAAUGGCACUAAAACGAGCAGUAAAAGAAAAAUUGGAUCUAAGCAAGAGGAUAACGUAAAAAUGAAAAAACUAAAAACUUCGGCCAAUUUAACUAUUGAAAAUAAUGAAGAUGAUGAUUUCGAUGAGUCUAGCUUAACGAACGAUAAAAAGAAAAAUAUUUCUGAAAGAAAUGAUGUAGCAGUAUAUCAUUCCCUGAGUAAAGAAUCAGAUAAAUUAAUACAAAAUAAAAUCUCAGAAGCAUUGAAUUUUCUGGAAGCAAAGAAGACUAUGAAACAGGACAGUGAUGAUGACGAGAGUUUUGAUGAGCUCAGCGAUGAAGACUCGCGCACGGCUUUAGAGAAAGACGAUGCAGAUCAGAUCAGCGAUUUGGAGGAAGAUACAAACGACGACGAAGAAGAAGAUAAUGACGAUGAUGAUGAUAAUGAAAUGAUCAGAAGCAAAAACGAAAAUGAAGAAGAAGAAGAAGAAGAAGAUGAUGAAAUGAAAGAUAGUGAGAUGUACGAGAGUGGAGAAGAAAUUGCGGAUGAGUUAAAAUGGAAAAGAAAUUUAUCUGAGAAAGCGAGAGAGAUGUUCAUCAAUCGCCAACAAAACAACAAAAAUCUAAUGAAAAUAGUUUACGGCGUAUUCGACAGGAAUAACAUUACAGAAGAAACCAAAAAGGAAGACGAGGAACCUGGCGAGGAUGUAGGCGGGAUAUUUCGAGUAGUCAGCGCGCAACAAAAACAAAAGAUAUACGAACGAGAAUUGCAGAAUCAGGAAGAGUCAGUUUUCUUUACGACGGAGAAUCCGCGUGAUUGGUUGGAGGAGGAAAACAAGACACUGUUGAUCAAUCGUUUCGUGACAGGUAAAUGGAAAGAAUCGGAAGACGCCGAGGAGCUCUUGAAACUGGAUGACGAAGAAUUGUACGGCGAUUUUGAGGAUUUGGAAACCGGCGAGACACACAAGGCAGAGAAUGCAGCUUCUAAGGAUUUACCGACGGACGAGACGGAAGAGAAGAAGAAACUUUUGGAAAAGAAGAAGAAGCUAAAGGAGCAAUUUGAUGCAGAAUAUGACGACUCGGAGAAAAAGACAUACUAUGAUGAGCUUAGGGCCGAGGUGGAAAAGCAAGCGGGCAUCAACAAGACCGAGUUCGAGGGACUAGACGAUGAUGUUAGAGUCCAGCUGGAAGGCUAUCGUCCUGGCAUGUAUGUGCGCGUGGAAAUAGAAGCGGUGCCGUGUGAGUUGAUAAUGAAUCUAGAUCCGACGUAUCCGAUCAUCAUCGGCGGCCUGUUGCACGGUGAAGAAAACAUCGGUUACGUGCAGACGCGAAUCAAGAAGCAUCGGUGGUAUUCGCGGAUCUUAAAGAGUCGCGAUCCACUUAUCUUCUCCAUAGGUUGGCGUAGAUUUCAGUCGCUACCGAUCUACUCCAAGCUGGAAGACAAUUUGCGUCAUCGAAUGUUAAAGUACACACCGGAGCACGUGGCGUGCGUGGGUCAUUUUUGGGGCCCGAUCACUCCUCAGGGUACUGGCGUGCUAGCGAUACAAGACGUCGCAAGUAGAGAACCCGGUUUCCGCAUAGCCGCGACCGGCUCUAUCGUAGAACUCGAUAAGAGCACGCAAGUAGUGAAGAAGCUCAAACUCACCGGUGUUCCCAUGAAGAUCUAUCGUAAGACCGCGUUUAUCAAGGACAUGUUCAACACCGCGCUCGAGGUCGCGAAGUUUGAGGGCGCUCGAAUCAAAACGGUUUCGGGUAUUCGCGGUCAAAUCAAAAAAGCGGUUUCCAAACCGGAAGGCUGUUUCCGCGCCACAUUCGAGGACAAAAUAAUGCUGAGCGACAUAGUGUUCUGUCGAACGUGGUACAAGGUAGACGUGCCGCGUUUCUACAACCCGGUGACGUCGUUGCUGCUGCCGCCCGCGGAGAAGAAUCACUGGCGUGGUAUGAAGACCACAGGCCAACUGAAACGUGAGAUGAGUAUUCAUAACGUGGCCAACACGGAUUCGAUGUACACGCCAAUUGAGCGAGAAGCGAAGGUGUUCCGGCCGCUGUAUAUUCCAAGAAAAUUACAGAAAGAGCUUCCGUAUAGAGAUAAGCCUAAGCUUCAAACUUUACCGCACUUACGUAAAUCCAAAUUCAAGCAGAGCAGAGUCGCCGUGGUGCGCGAACCUCAAGAGCACAACAUUGCUCGUAUGAUGAAGAUGAUCAGAACGGUUUACGCGCACAAGCAGAAGCAAGAAAAGGCGGCCAUGACGAAGAGGAUAACGGCGUAUCAGGCGCGAAUCGCGGAAGAGGAAGCUAAGAAAUUGAAGAAGCAGAAACAGGUGAAGAAAGAAUUAUGUAGAAACUUGAGCAAAUCGGAGAAGAAGAACAAUCGAUGAGACUUUUUUUUUGAGGUAAAUAUUCCGAAGUCGAUUAAAAUAUUAUUACAAAUAAUUAAGUCAAAAUGUA